AGUAGCUAUAAUCUAGACACAUUUCAAGGUGACCUCAUCUGUCAAUGUCAAUUGUCAAAUCUACAAAAAAAUAAUUAAAAACCAUAAACAAUCGAAUAAAAAAAAUUGAUUAAAGGUUUAAAAUUAAGUCGUGAGGCAAAUUUAGUGUAAAAUUAAACGUUUCCAUUGUUAUUAAUUUGUUAAACGAUAAAAUACUUAUUAGCAUAAUUUCGUAACUUUUAUUAGUGAAAUAAGAUGACCACUGAAAACAUAUUUUUAUUUGUACCAAAUAUCAUAGGGUAUAUGAGGGUUGUAUUAGCAAUCAUUUCGUUUUACUUUAUGCCGACAAACUAUAUAAUUGCAGGAACAUGUUACGUGGUAUCAUCAUUUUUAGAUGCUUUUGAUGGACAUGCCGCAAGAUACUUUAAUCAAAGUACGAAAUUUGGAGCCAUUCUUGACCAGUUAACGGACCGUUGUGGGACUAUGUGUCUUUGUGCUGUUCUGGCACAUUUCUACCCGAAGUAUUCAUUCCUAUUUUUAAUGUCCAUGACAGUAGAUGUUGCUUGCCAUUGGAUAUACAUCCAUGCUUCUCUCUUACAAGGUAAAACAAGCCAUAAAUUCAUUGAUAUGUCUGAAAAUCCUAUUAUGAAUAUUUACUACACCAAUCGUACAGUUCUUUUCUUCAUGUGCUUUGGAAAUGAAGCUUUUUAUUCCACGCUUUAUUUGCUGUACUUCACAGAAGGACCAAUUAUUGCUGGAAUAUCAUUAUUCCGAGCCCUGCUAUACCUUUCAUUACCCAUUGCCAUUGUGAAGUCUGGUAUUUCGAUCCUUCAUCUCGUUGUGGCCAGUAAAAAUUUGGCCAUUAUUGAUAUAAAUGAGCGUAAAGAAGCAGCAAAACAAAAAUUAGGAUAAUUUAAAAACUGAAGAAAUGGAAAAUAUGUAUCUGGUGUUAUUCUAGUGUCCUCCUCUUUCAAUUAAAACUAAGGCAUGCGUGUAAUAUUAAAGUUCCUUGAGAAAUUUAGAAAUGAUUUUUAAGAAAAGGACAAAACACAAACUGCUUUUUAAGUUAGCAUAUUUUGGUAUUUAUUAAGUGUUCUGAAAAAACAUUUUACUUAAAUUAAACGACCUGAUCUCUGUUUACAAAUUGUUUAAUAUUUUCGAAUGUGUGAAAAGAUUUCACUUAAUUUACAUAUUACUGUGCAUUUGUGUCAAGUUCAGUAUUUUUUUAUAGGGGUUAUUAUUGUUAUCGUUGAACAAAUGUCUGUCUAUCUUUAAGCAGGUAACUUAAUUAAUUAGCAUAUGAUUUAUAUUUAUUUGUUAAUUUUAUAUCAUCUUAUUAAUUACUUCUAAAGUACGAACAAACUAGAUAUUAUAAACCUUUUAUAUUACAUGUCUGUUUUUCCUUUAAUUUUUAGAAAUAUUUACAUCAUUUGCUGUGAUUUGAUUGUUCCCUAAAGGUCCAUUAAAUAAAUAUUUAUUCUUCAAAAUAUAAAAAGGAUAUAUUACCAUGUGCCAUUUAAAAAUGAAACUUGUCAGGCAACUUGACAAACAUGUAGUUCAGUUAGUUAUGAUAGCUAAUAAUCAUUAGUACUUAGUUACUUUAUAUUUUUUUUAGAGAUAUUAAAUAAAGGAAUUUGUGUAAUUAUUUCUUAUGUGAUAGUUCUUUUUAUUGUUAAGUGUUGUUUCAUUGCAUUUAAAACUGUAAUGUAUUACUGUACCAAAUAAAAAUGUUAUGUUAA